AUGACGCCCGGCUUGUCGCUGCAGGAGCUGCAACAGGCUUUGGAGGCUGAAUGUCGAGUUUCCGCAGAGUUAAGGGCUGAACUGCAGAAAGCCAAAGAGGAGAUCCACACUUUGAGGGAAACCCUACGCUUGUACCAGCCGCUGUCAGGGUCCGCUGCAGAAUCCCCGCACGGUGCAACACAGCUGUCCGAGGUGAGAGCAAAUUCGUGGGCGGAAAGCGAGAAGGCAGAUCGCUUGACUCAAAGCGGAUCGCUUGAAGCAGAGAGCGCAGACACUGCUGCAAAGGGAUCGUACGUGAAGGCGGAAGGAAAGGUCUACUGGGUCAGCUAUGAGGAUCCGGAACAGCUCAUUCGGUUGCCUGCAAGACAUUCGUCAGAGAAAUCUGCAAGGCGCGAGAAAGCUUUCCGCUGGCUGAUGGGUUUGUCUCAAGGCUUGGGCGUCCAAAACCAAAGCAAUUUGGAUUUUGGGAUUGAUGCGGUGUGA